GAGGAGCAUCAGCGGUCAACAGUGACCCUCUAUCUGUCUGAUGUCAGAGGAAGCAACCACUCUCUUGGAACCUAUGAACUAUCAUGCCAACAUAAUCCACUGGUUAUCAAUGUGACCCAUCAUGAAAAUGUCCUCUCUCACCAUAUCACCUCUGUGCUGCUGAAUUUCUCAUCCCCAUUAGUGGGCAUCUCAGCGGUGGCUCUAAGGACAUCCUCCCACAUCAGUCCUUCAGCUCCUAAAAACUGUGUUUCAGAACAAAAUCGUCAGGGACAGAGCUGCGUCUAUCAGCCCUGUGGAGAGCAGGGCAUCUGUGCACCAUUGCUGCUUGAUCAUACAGACAUGGUGAACUGUACCUCUAGUGGCCCUGGUCACAUGAAGUGUGCUAUCACCUGUCAAGAGGGAUUUGCCCUUCAGACUACCAGUGGGCAGUACCUCAGACCCAUGCAGAAGGAGAUUCUGCUCACAUGUUCCUCUGGGCACUGGGACCGGGAUGUGAGCUGUGGGCUCCUUGACUGUGGCAUCCCAGACCCGUCCUUGGUGAACUAUGCAAACUUCUCCUGCUCAGAGGGCACCAGCUUUCUGAAACGCUGCUCUAUCUCCUGUGUUCCACCAGCCAAACUCCAAGGACUGAGCCCAUGGCUGACCUGUCUUGGAGAUGGGCUCUGGACUCUCCCUGAAGUCUACUGCAAGUUGGAAUGUGAUGCUCCCCCUGUUAUUCCAAACGCCAACUUACUCCUUCCUCACUGCCUCAAAGGCAACCACCACGACGUGGGCACCAUCUGCAGAUAUGAAUGCAAACCUGGCUACUAUGUGUUGGAAAGCACUGGGAGUCGAGUCAGGAACAAGUUUUUGAAGAUACAGUGCCUAGAAGGUGGAAUUUGGGAGCAAGGCAGUUGCAUACCAGUGGUGUGUGAGCCUCCUUCUCCUGUUUUUGAAGGCAUGUAUGAAUGUACCAAUGGCUUCAAGCUGGACAGCCAGUGUGUGCUCAACUGUAACCAGGAAAGUGAAAGGCUUCCCAUCCUCUGCACUAAAGAGGGACUGUGGACCCGGGAGUUCAAGUUGUGUGAGAAUUUGCAAGGCGAAUGCCCACCACCCGCCUCAGAGCUGAUUGUGGAGUACAAGUGUGAACAGGGAUAUGGAAUUGGUGCAGUAUGUUCCCCAUCCUGUGUAAUCCCCCCUAGCGAUCCUGUGAUGCUGCCAGAGAACAUCACUGCUGACACUCUGGAGCACUGGAUGGAGCCCAUUAAAGUCCAGAGCAUCGUGUGUACUGGCCGACGUCAGUGGCACCCAGACCCCUUCCAGGUCCACUGCAUCCAAUCAUGUGAGCCUUUCCAAGCAGAUGGUUGGUGUGAUACUAUCAACAACCGGGCCUACUGCCACUACGAUGGAGGAGACUGCUGCUCUUCCACUCUCUCCUCCAAAAAGGUUAUUCCAUUUGCUGCUGACUGUGACUUGGAUGAAUGCACCUGCCGAGACCCAAAGGCAGAAGAAAAUCAGUAA